GGUGCCGGGCGGCAGACCUGCACCAGCGCUACCCUGGCGAUGGAAGAGUCCUCAGUGGAAAUGCAGACUUCAUGACACAGACCCUCCUCGUCACUUCAAACCUGGUGCUGCUCUGGGUUAGUGGUUGGGUUUAUCCUAACAAUUGCAAAUUACAGCUUCUUCACUGCUUUGCUCAUGUUUUUUGUUACUUCUUCAAAACUUACUAAGUGGAAAGAAGAUGUGAAGAAGCAUAUAGAUUCAGAAUUCAAACAAGGUGGGCAGAGGAAUUGGGUGCAAGUAUUCUGUAAUGGUGGUGUCCCUACGGAGCUGGCUCUGCUAUAUAUGAUAGAAAAUGGACCAGGUGAAAUUCCAAUAGACUUUUCCAAGCAGUACACUGCAUCAUGGAUGUGUUUAUCCCUUUUGGGAGCUUUGGCCUGCUCUGCUGGAGAUACAUGGGCUUCAGAGAUUGGCAGUGUCUGGAGUAAAAGUGAGCCAAGGUUAAUAACAACAUGGGAAAAGGUUCCAGUAGGUACUAAUGGAGGUGUUACGUUAGUGGGCCUAAUUUCAAGUCUCAUUGGUGGCAUGCUAGUAGGUGUGGCUUACUUCAUUACUCAGCUUGUUUUUGUGAGUGAUCUGGAUAUAUCUGCUCCACAGUGGCCACUCGUUGUGUUUGGCGCAAUGGCUGGUUUACUGGGAUCAAUUAUUGAUUCAUAUUUAGGAGCUACAAUGCAAUACACCGGUUUUGACAAGCGUAUUGGCAUGGUUGUCAACUACGAAACAAAAGACUCCAAGCACAUAUCUGGAAAACCUAUACUGGACAACAAUGCAGUGAACCUCUUUUCUUCUGUCGUCAUUGCUUUGUUACUUCCUGGUGUGGCAUGGGGUUUCUGGCCAAGAGGGUGAAACUUCUUAAGUCUUUUAAUACAUAGUUCAAAUACACUUAAUAUGAAUCAAAGGUUUCUCCCCAAAACACUGUUUUUAGCUUGUUUGAGGGAGUCCUCUGCAUCCUUUUCAGAGCCAGAAGGAUUCACUACCUUAACUUCCUUAGGCUGUAAGUUUUAUGGGCAGCCACCAUCUUUCUGGAGAAAGAGGACCAGAUGAGGCUCUGUUAAUAACCUGUCAGUGCUACUCCUUAAUUGGACACAGAUUGCUACUUUGUAACAUGAAGCACUUCAUUUUCCCUUCUGGAGCUGAAUGCUUGGCCUCCAAAUCAUUUCCAACACCUGGCAGAAGAAAGAGUGAAAGAAUACAACUAGAAAUCUAACCUGGGUCUGCCAUACAACUACUAUUAACACUGUUCACCAAGCCACAAACAAAGUACUAUAUAUUUUCUGUAAUGUAGAUCAUAGUAGUAUCGAUGAAAUCACUGAAUUCUAGUUUAGUAUACAUUUCCCAUUGUCUGCUCAAUAUUAUAGGUUUUAUAGAGGUGUAUUGAAGUCUUUAAAAAAAUUGUACUUUAAUAAGCAUUGUUGCCUAUUCCAUGUUGUAUUACUUUUUUGCCAUGCUUUUGACGAUGGGUAAGAAAAAGUAAUGCUAUAACAUAAUGUCUCAGGCAUAUGACUAAAUUUAAAAUCAAAACUAUCCUUUUUCCAAUAAGCAAAAUAAGAAUAUAAAGCUUAUAUAAGCAGCA